GAAUAGUGAUUGUUUAUUUUGAUUUAUACAAUGGAUUUUACCAUCGGGAGCUUUUGUAGCGCAAUAAAUUGCAGCAGCUAUAAGAAGAAGACACCACAGCUGUCUUUUUUAGGUUUACUAUGGAUCCUGAGAGGAGCAAAAAAAUGGCUAGUUAAUAGCAGACGAGAAGACCUUAUGAAGAAAGACCCGGUUUACCUGUAUAAUAAUAUUAGGUUUUGUUCGCUACAUUUCGAACAAGACCAGGUCAUGAACGCAGACAAUAACAAACUCAUGUGGAAUGCAGUAUCCACACUGUUUGACAUUCCAGAUAAGCCACCUCAACUGACGAUGAAGAAGAAGCUGCCACAAAGAUUCGACAGUCAAUCUAAAGCUGUAAAACAGUCCUAUGACACAGAAGCAGCUAGUUCAACUCUCCAUUCAUUAGUGCCAGAUUCGUGAGAAUCAUCAACACAAGACCUGCUUUGACGAUGAAGUGGUUAGAUUAAGUGCAGCUGUUCGUGUCUUACAAAAGCGUGUGAAGUGUCAGAAUGUGCAGAUCUCUAGACUUCGAGCGAAUCUAUUAUGGGACAAGGUAAAUGCCUACAGACAGAUUGUUCGAAAAUUAAUCAAAUUUUUGGUUUUUCGUGAAAUGUAAUGUAAUCAGCUCAUUAUGGUUUCAGCAUAUUUCUCCCACUAUUUGUCAGUUGCUUGUCCCACGUAGAAUAAUAUAAAGAUGAAGGU